GCAGGGGCGGGGGCAGCCCCGGCACUCUCUGUCGUGGCCCAGCCCGGGCGGGCGGCGCUAGGACCCCCUCGGCACUCCCCGGUCCGGGCGGCGCUAGGACCCCUGCGGCGCUCCCCGACCCCGGGGCGGCGCGCGGCUCCCGGGGCUCCGUGCGCGCGGCGGCGGCGGUGGUCCCGGUCCGGGCGGCGGCAGCAGCGGCACCGGCAGCAGCAUCGCGGCGCACUGCGGAGCCGAGCGGUCGGUGGACCGGGCGCGUCCCCUCCGGGCCCGUUUAGCCGAGCCAUGGCCGUGCUCGCCGGAGGGCCCUGGCAGCCCCCCGCCGCCCGCGGGGCGCACCGGGCGGAGGAGGAGACGAUGGACCCCCCCGCGCCGCUCGCCGCCCGCUGCAGAUGAGAGCCCCCGCCCAGGUGCUCGCAGGACGCCGGCGAUCGCUGCACACUGAGGCCAGCGCAGAGACAUGAGUGGCAGCACGAGCCAGCGCGCCGCCGCCCUGGGGGUCCUCUUUGCCCUGAUCAUGUUGCUGAUCAUCUACAGCUCCGGCAGCGGGAGCGAGGUCUUCCCCUACAGCCGCCUGCGGGGCAGAGCCCGCCGGCCCCCCGACCUCAAGAAGUGGGGGGUGAAAAGCGGGUACCUGCCCGUCUGCGGGAACAAGACCCUGACUGCCCGCUGCCACCAGUGCGUUGUCGUCACGAGCUCCAGCCACCUCCUGGGCACCCGCCUGGGCACGGCCAUCGACAGGGCCGAGUGCACCAUCCGCAUGAACGAUGCUCCCACCACUGGCUAUGAGGUUGACGUGGGCAACAAAACCAGCUUCCGUGUGGUGGCCCACUCCAGCCUCUACCGCGUCCUCAAGCGGCCCCAGGAGUUUGUCAACAAGACCCCAGAGACCAUCUUCAUCUUCUGGGGGCCGCCUGCCAAGAUGCAGAAGAGCCUCCUGAAAAUCAUCCAACGCGUCAGUGCCUCCUUCCCCAACAUGACAGCCUAUGUCGUCUCCCCCGGACGCAUGAAGCAGUUUGAUGACCUGUUUCGGGGGGAGACAGGGAAGGACAGGGAGAAGUCACGCUCAUGGCUCAGCACCGGCUGGUUCACCAUGGUGAUCGCAGUGGAGCUGUGCGAUGCCGUCCACGUCUAUGGCAUGGUGCCACCCAACUACUGCGGCCGCCGGCCCCCGCCCCGCCGCCUGCCCUACCACUACUACGAGCCAAAGGGCCCUGACGAGUGCACAACCUACAUCCACAACGAGCGGAGCCGCAAGGGCAACCACCACCGCUUCAUCACCGAGAAGCGGGUCUUCGCCAGCUGGGCCGGUCUCUACAACAUCACCUUCUCCCACCCUGCCUGGCCCUAGGGGCUGCCCUCACCCCCAGCUGGGCAGACCCCUGGAGCUGGGAUGGAUGGGGGUUCCCCUGCAUCCCCCGGGAGCAGGGAGCGGCAGGAGGCAGGCAUGGGAGUGCCACCAGGUACCUCCCACAGGACCACCGCCAUUGUGCAUGGUGGCUCCUCGCACCUGGGAUGCGUUGGGGUUUGAGCUGUUUUUCUGGGGGGGGCCAGGUGGUGAGUGCAGGGUUUGAGGUCCCCCUGUUCCACGGGCAGGAGGUGUGGGGGUGAGAUCCUGCCCAGUCCUGGUCCAGGAGAGUGUUGCUGCCCCUGCAAGCACACAAGGGGGUGCCAGGUCCCCUCAACUCAGUUUGGGGUUGCGUCACUUUUGGGGCCACCAUGGAGACUGUUUCUCCCCACUCUCCGGGUGAGUGGACCUCCUCUUGGGGCUCAGCCACCCCCAGCACCCCGAUCCCGGUCCACGGGCAUCCUUCCCUCAGCAGAACCCCGUAGUUUUCACCCCAUGGGGGUGACACUGCCACCCGCGGUGCCCCAGCACCCCAAAAACACCCAUCUCCUUCUGACACCACUGCGCCCCAUGCCCACACUGCCAAAACCUUUUCUAACCGAGCGAUGGGAUUUUGGGGCCUUUUGCUUUUUUUUCUCUCCCUGCUUCUGGUCCCAGGGUUUGUAUUUGACUUUCUCUCCAAGCACAACCGGCCGAAGGAGCGAGCAGGGGCUGCCAGAUGCUCAUCAGCGGUAACGAAGGGGACAGCAGCAGUCUGCGGCUCGGUCCUCAUAAUUUAUUAACCGCUAAUGAACUAUUUAGAAGUGGGCACAUAGCGGCGGAGGGGGGGCAGCAGUGCCCCUUGGUACCCUGUGGCUGAGGGAGGAUUUUGUUAUUAGUUUCUCAGAAGCGGAGAGGUGGGUUUGGGGGAAAUAGGUAAAUACGGUGUGUUUGGGUGCUGAGCCCUGGUAAGGCUCCGUGCCUCAGUUUCCCUCUGGCUGUGGGCUGUCCCCAUUGUGGCUGGGGCAGUGGGGAGCUCAGUGCAGGGGGAAGCCACAGGACAUCCGCAUUUUGUAAUGGUUUGUACAGGAAUAAAUAUUGCUGAAGUCUGUCGCCUUGG